AUGAUACAAAUGAAACAAAAUCAAGUAAAAAAAAGACAAAAGAAAAGUAAAAAACAAUCAAAAGAAGCUGAUGUUGAUAGUCUCAAUUCAAACCAAAGAAAUGAAUUACGUGAUUUACUUAACCAAGUAUUUUCAAUAGUAAAAGAUGGACCAGAAGCUCCAUUACAAUGUAUUUAUUGUUUGCAACAUUUUGUUAGCCCAAUUAUUCAAGAUAAUGAAAAUAUUAUUGAAGAUUAUGAUACUAAUAUUAAUCAACAUCGAUUAAAUCAAGUUGAAAAAAAGCUUGAUCUUGUCACAAGUCAAAAUACAAGUCUUCAAGCUGAUGUUGGUAAUCUUCAAGUUGAUGUUCGUAAUUUAAUAAAUAAUAACAAAGAGCUUGAAAAAACAACGAAAAAUUUACAAAGUCAAGUUUCUGAUUUGCAAAAAAACGCUAGUGAUCAAAUAAAGAAACACGCAUUUGCACACUUGUUAAGUCCUUUUAUCGAUAAUCUAAAAUUAGCCUGCGAAAUACACAAUAAACAAGACAACGUGCUCAAAGUAACACUUUAUGAUUAUAAACAGGAUAUUUUAAACCGUAUCAAAGAUGAUAUGGAAUUAGAUCAAGCUGGUUUAAUUGUUAAUAAAGUAGUUGAAGAAUUUGCUGAUCAAAUAACAUUAUCAAAAUUAGAAUUACUUAAUUUACUAAUAGAUAAAUAUGUUUUAAAGAAUGUAUAUGAAGAACAUGAUUUUAUUUAUCACUUACAAAAAACAACUGCUAUUGAAAUAAUCUUUGAUAACAAUGACGCAGAGAUACUCAUGAAACUGAUUCAUUUUCAUAUUUGUCGUCGUCGAAAUAAAAUGAUAAUAGAAUCAAUUUUUGAUGAAAAUCGUAAUGCUUCACAAUCAUUCAAUUAUGGUAUUCAUGGUCCACUUCGAAUAACUAUUAUUGAAAGACAUAACGAAAAUGAUUUAAUUGUAUUGGGUAAAAUAGAAUCAGGAUGUUGUCGUGUUGGUGAUCAAUGUGUAAUAAUGCCAAAUCGAGCAUGUGUUGAAAUUACAAAUAUUUAUCAACAAAAUAGUGAAACUACUUUUUAUGUUCGUGGUGCAAAUGUUCAACUCAAAUUAAAAAAUACUGAAGAAGAAAUUUUACCUGGAUUUAUUUUAUGUGGUGCUCAUCAUGAGUUAUGUGGUGUUGGAAGAGAGUUUAUUGCAAAAAUUUUUGUACUUGAACAUACAUCAGCAAUAUAUCCAGAUUAUUUUGCUGUUCUUCAUAUUCAUGCAGCUGUUGUCGAAGUUCAAUUAAAAAAAUUAAUAACAUUAAUUGAUCCAAAAACAGGUGAAAAAAUUCAAGAAUAUCCAGGUCUUAUUAAACGAAAUCAAGCAGCAGUAGCAAGAUUUGAAUUAUUACAAGCUGGACAAGUUAUUUGUAUGGAACCAUUUCAACAUUUUUCUCCACUUGGCCGAUUUACAUUACAUGAUAAUGGUCGAAUUGUUGCUGUUGGAAAAGUUCUUGAAAUCAUUCGAUAA